GAAUCGGGCGUCUGGUGCGGGGCAUUGCGCUUCAGUGACCGCAGCGCCGUCGACCUCUUGGUGAUGCCGGUCUCCGCGUUCCUGGUAGCCCCCCAGUGCUUCUUGCAUCCUUAUGUCUCUUCACGUUGUCCUUCCUGCCCAUGUUAUCCGCCACGGAGCACCUGUCCUCCUCCUUCGGCACACCACGGAUCCUCGCUUCAUCGGGGUGGUGUGUCCACAUGUGCCGGUUGAGAUAUUUGGUCUCGGCCCGGCGGGCGCCGCAGAUGUUGCGUAUGCCUUCCCGCACUUGCACCUCGUGAUACUGCGUAUACAUCGCCUCCAGAUCGGUCUUCCGUUCGGCAGUCUUGCGAACCCGCGCCUUCGACUUCGUUUUGAUGCAGUGGAACAGCGUAUGUUGUCGACGCAAAUACCGCGAAGCCCAUCUUCCAGUGGCCGUCGGGGCGCGGUUGUUGGCUUCCAGGAACGAAUUGGCCGUAUUUGCGAUCUCGACGUCGGUGAAUUGCGUGCCUGCGUAAGAGGUCAGCCAACAGUAGCCAGGAACCAACGACAGCGACAUACCAAUCGACAACCGCGUAUUUACCCCUGCCCAGAGGGCCAGUUCCUCUGGCGCAUUGAGCUUCGUGUGAUUACCGCCGUUCAACACGCGAAUGGCUUCCUCUUAACGUCGGCGAAGCUUCUGACGGCAUACCUGCCAGCCGCGGGCAGCUUGGCUGGCAUUCUUGCACUCGCCUGAAUAACAGACCGCACUGCCCGCUGAAGUCGAUCUUCUUCUGGGAGGCCAGCACAGCUUCCAGGACAGGGAAAAUAAAGUCGGGAUUUGAAGAGGCUAUUGCAACCGUAAUUGCGCUUUCCAAAGACUUCAUAGCCAGGGGUUGGAUGGAGAUGCUCGGUAUUGCACGAAUCGCGUUGUUUUCCAAAUUCGAUAGGUAUGACAAGCUAGGAGCUAGCGUGUCAGGAGGUAUGAUGAGCCAGGAGCUAACGUGUCAGGAGGCAUGACGAGCGAGGAGCCAACGUGUUAGGAGGCUUGGGUCGCUAUAAGGAUGGGACCAGGCUGUGUGAUUUCGCAUGAACCCUGUCCGCAGGGGCACCAGGAAUCGUAGAGCCAAGGAAUGAAAGGCGUGCGAGAUUGCUCGGACAUCACAAGCACAGAUCUUCU